AUGUCAUCAUUAGGUCUUCCAAAAUCAUUUUCUUCCUCUUCGUCCUCGUCCGUCGGAAAAAAAAUCUACAAAAAAUCAAUAGGCGGACUUGAUCGUUAUCUCACAAAUGAAGGUCAUCGAAUGGUUGUCUCGUAUCUUCGAAAUACACAAACACAGAAUAUCAUUAUCAGCGGUCAACUACACAAACUUGAGGAAAGUGACAUCGAUGAACUGAUAAAAAGUUAUAAGGGAACGCCCACGCCAGUCUUUCGCACUCUCAAUUAUAAUCAUCUUCAUUUGGCAGCACGCGAGAUGAAGAAUCUAAGCAAACUUUUGAAAGCCGAUAAAAUCACAAAUAUUCAUACCCUUUCGCUUAAGAAAAAUCAUCUUUCGGGAUCCCCGCUAAAGAUUUUUUUCAAGGCACUACAAAAGAAUAGCACGGUCACAAAACUCGACUUAUCCUUUAAUUGUGUGGGUGAUCAUGAGGCGAAAUGGUUGGCCAAAGUAUUGCAAAAGAAUCAAACAUUACGAGAGAUUUAUCUAACCUCGAAUAAAAUCGAGGCGCAAGGCGCGAAACUGUUGGCGAAAGCACUCGAGAAUAGUUUGCUAGAAAGAUUCAGUAUUGAGCAAAAUAGAAUUGGUUCUCAAGGUGCGAUUGCAUUUGCUGAAAUGUUGAAGACGAAUAAAAAUUUGAGAUAUAUUCAUUUCGGUGCUAACAAUUUGGGUAUUGAGGGAACUAGCGCUAUUAGUGAGGCAUUGAAAGUUAACCAGACUCUGGUGAGCUUGAGCCUUGAUGCUAACAACAUUGGAAAAGAUGGUGCACGAUUAAUUGGUGAUGCAUUAGCAAUGAAUAAAACUCUUACUCAUCUUUACCUUGGACGCAAUAAUAUCCAAGAUGAAGGACUACAACAUAUUUGUCGUGGCCUAAGUAAUUCAAAUUCUGCCAUAAUUUAUUUGGAUUUGGAAUUUAAUGGUAUCGGAGGCGAAGGAACAAAUAAUAACACCGCCACGCUGGGAGGUGAAUCACUAGCAGAACUACUAGACUCCAAAAACGGCAAAGUUCCGCGUGCAAUAAAUCUCAAUAAUAAUCCAUUUGGUGAUGAAGGAUGCGAGCAAUUAUCGAGAGGAUUCUACAAAAACACAACCCUUGAAUCAAUCAUCCUUUCGCGUUGUAAUAUUGGACUACGUGGCAUCACUGCCAUCUCGGAAUCAUUGAUUGCUAAUCGAGGAUUACAAAAUCUUACGCUGGACAAUAAUAAUGCUAUUGGUGCCGACGGACAUGCAGUGUUAGCUAGCGCGUUAGAGAAAAACACUACAAUCAAAGGCGUGCAACUCGACUACAAUUUCGAGGACUGGGAACGUGCCGGAAAUUCAAUACAAGCGUCGCUUACACGUAAUCAUUUCCUACAACAAGAAAAAUACGCGGUCGCCUCCCGGAUUCUCGUGGCUGCACGAAUACUCUUUCAUUCUUUUCCACCAAAGAAACUUUCGUCAUCUUCAUUAAUACAUCUUGAAUUUCAUGCAAUACCAUUUGAGAUUCGCGAAAAUAUUGUAUUCGCGCUGGACGAAAACUCUGUGUUGACAUACUCGCAGAAAAUAUCAAUCGUCGACUUUGCAAAGCGGAAAGACACGUUGGGUACUAGCAGGGAAUCAUUUUUGUCGCAGACUUUUCGGGUUUAUUAUCCGUUGUCUUCGGCAGUACGACUUUGGCCUACCGAGGUUUCGGAUUUUAAUUCUUCCGAUAGAUAUUAA